CUGCAAAUUAUCGGCGAAGAUCUCGCGCCGGAGAUAAUGAAGAAACAGAAGAACAUCUACCGCGAAUCUUCACGGCCUUCUAGUUUUCACGGCGCUUCAAAUCGACGACGUUGUUGCCCUUAAAAUAGUGACCGCAGCAAAUUUUAGUUACAUUUUCGUGUUUGAAGUGCUCUAGUGUACGUGUUUUUAGAGUAGAUUUUUGGGGAUAGAUUUGUAACGUUCAUGAAUUGGAAUUCGCUUGUUAAAAUAUUGGGUGCAUUUUUUAAAAAGCGUUGUACUUCAAUUAUUUUAUAGUACAUACAUUUUAAAUGUUUGUAAAUAAUGUCUAAUAUUAGUAAGCGUCAGGAUGAGACUAAGGAAAGUGAAAAAUAAUUGAACAAUUUGUCUCAAUCAAAAGAUUCGCUCUUGCGAAAAAUUCGACUCUUGUGCUCCUAAACAGUCUUACCUCAAGAUCGAUUUACGUUGUAUAGUAAGGAUUAUGCAUUUGUAUUAUUUACAUAAUUAAACUGUGAAUGGAUAAUUGUGGAAAGAUGACUUUUCAAAGUGGACUUUUAAUUGUAUCGAUUACGCUAAUAGGAAGUGUAGUAAGCAUCGAUGUUGCUGGACAAUUAGCAGUUAUAAAAAAUGAUUGCUACGAGAGAUUGGCCAUAGGUGAAAAGCUGAGCCCCAAACAAACCUAUAAAACAUUCGACCAUAAUACUGUAUCAAAAUGCGAAAUGGAAUGUACUCAAGAAAAGGAAACAUGCCGAGCUUUCAGCUUCGGAAUUGGUCCUAAAGGCAACGGGACAUGCUUACUAAGCAAGAUGGCUGUAAAAGAAACUGCCGAUUUAAAACCUAUAGGAACUAUCAGAGAUACAGAUUUUGAUCUCUACAUUAAGAAAAUGGACUGCAAAAUAGUUAUCGAACCACCUUCAUUUGUGGGUGCUGAGAAACCACCGGAUGAAUUACAUAUUUAUUCUACAAAACCCUUAAAUGUAGGUCAAGAACAGCAUGAGCAUCAUCAUCACGAUCAUGAAAAUCUCCCAGCAGAAGGAGAUCCAUAUGCUCAACCAUCUAGUCCAAAUCUAUAUAGUUCAUUAAAGCAUCCUUAUCAAGGGUAUGGAAAUGGAUAUCAAUAUAACAAACCCCAUACACCAUUAUCUCCACCUUCAAACCAUCAAGGUGAUAAGGUAGAGCAUGUUCAAGCCUUAGUUAGCAUUGCUUCAGGACCACAGUCAGUAUUACAUCCCGUUCACAAUAUUCUAAUUUCUGGAGACAGCUAUGAACCAGGAUCAUCUCAAGGUUCUCCAAUAGCCAGUACUUAUGGAGACGGAAACCUUCCACCAUAUCGACCACCUGCCCUUCACCAUCCAUAUGAUGAUUGUAGGCCACAAGAGAGACCUUUCAAUGGUUACGAUAAACCGUCUAGACCACUACCAAAUUAUGGAAGCGCUAAACCAGAUUACUUCCAACCGGAUAACGGUUACAAUUAUCCAAAACCAGAUAAAAACAGACCAGGUUAUACCAAGCCAGAAACUGGUUAUGGACAGCCUGUAAGACCACAGCUAGAAUAUGGAAACCCAAAACCAGAUAACUUUAAACCAGUCACGGGCUACGAUUAUCCAAAACCGGAUUAUUAUAAACCGGAUGUAGGAUAUGAAUUCCAAAAACCUGGUUUAAGACCAGAGUCUGACUUUCUGAAUUACAGACCAUAUCUGCCAUAUCCAAGUGAUUAUGGAACUCCACAAAAUAUACCCGGGCCUUCAUACUUACCCCCGUCCGAUGACAGACCAGAUCCUAAUACACCUAAUUCAGGAUAUAGUGGUGGAUUUCUAGCCAUCGACAGAAGGAAAUACCAGUCAUAUAAUCAGUUCGAUUCAUUUGAAUCUGAAACUAGUGGAUAUUACCCAAUACGUCCGAACAAUCCAGAUUUUAACUACUACGAUAAUUAUGAUAGACCGGACCCUGCUAGACCCAACAGAUAUGGAUCAGUAAUACCUCAUCCCAGUGACUAUCUGUUUCUUCGUCCAAAUCCAGAUAACUACGAUCCACCACCUCUAAAGCCACUGCCAACAGGAGGCUAUAAUAGCAAUGAUAAACCAAGGCCUCCAAAUAACUACUACAAUCAAAAUAGCGACAGAAACGAUCAAAAUCUAGGUUACAAUGAUCGAAAUACUAAUCAAGGUUACGAAAAACCUUUACCAAGUUGGCCCAGCCGUCCAAGCCAAGAUAACCCAAUCGCGCCAAGACCUAUUAAGCCUGUUACAGAAAUUAAUGGGUAUGAUGGGGUUGAUUACACUAACAAACACUAUGGUAAACCUGGAGAAUAUCAGGAUGAUAAAAAUGAAGGUGGAAAGAAAGUUAUUUCGCAUAGCAUAGGGCACCAUGGUGAAAAGAUUACGGCAAUUAUUACAGAGAUAAACAAUGCAUGCUUCCGAAGGACACUUGCUGGUAAAAGAGUCGUAAGGAGUUUAGUAAGAAAACUGCUCUUCUGUGAUACUGUAGAACAAUGCCAAUGGGAAUGCGGUGACGAAAGAAGAUUUACUUGUGAAGGAUUCAACUACAGAUUGGAUCCAUCCGGUCGAGGAAAGGGAGAAUGCGAAUUGCUAGCCUUGUCACUGCCACAAAUCGAUGUUGUUAGGGAAAUCGUAACUGAUCCGGAUUAUGACUACUACACCAGAGAUAGAAAUGCUGCUCAAGUGAACUGUGGACAAAGGCCCAGCAACUCACUUUUUUCAGUUUAUGGAGAUAGAAGACAUGGAUACUAUGGGAACAGAAGAGGUGAUGGAUCAGGGGCAUACGACAGGAGACCAACAGAUAUAGCUCGACCUCUCCGCCCUCCGGGAGAACGAUGGGACUAUGGAACUCAACCAACACGACCAAGACCAUUACCACCCAUUGAUCAAAGACCGCUGCCCGAUGGGGAAAGAAACUACGAAUAUGGAAAUCGCAGAGGAGACUACUCAUACGAUCAUCACUUACACGAAUCACAAAGUAAUAGAUUCAGUAACCAUUACAAAGAACACAAUUUAGAUAGUUUUGAUUCGCACAAUGAUGGUUAUAGGCCUUAUAACGGAAUUCAUUACCUACCGGCCUCGAACGGGUGGAGGCCCAGUCAUAGACACUCUCCACCUCAUUACGAGCCUGAUAGUUCCUUUAGACCCCCAAACCAUUCAUUCUCAGAGAGUAAAUUCAUUCCCGAUAGAACUCCUCCAGAUAGAUUACCAAGUAGAGAUCAUUGGGGAUUAAAUAAUUACGGUUGGGGGUCCUAUGGAGGGCAUUACGGUAAUCCAGAAUCUUAUCACCCUCACCGUGGAACUAAUGGCCAUCGUCUUAGUGUACAUAGAAAUGAAGUUGACAACAGACGACAAUACUUCUAUUCCAAACCGGAGCCUCCAAGCGAUUGGGGUAUGUACGGAGGAUCUUAUGGAACUGGAGGUAUUAAUUUAGAAUACAAAGGUUACGGAAAUAAUCAAGGUUAUAAUUACUGGGGAUUUAAUAAAUAUCACGAUCAAGAUUAUGGUUUGCUGCCUCCUAGAAAGCAAAUUGGAAAUUAUUUACCUCCUCCUGAAAAUAGUUACUUGCCCUUGCCAAAACCUGGUCAUUAUCUACCAUCCCAACCACACAUACGGGAUUUUGAUAACAGUAUAUUACCUUACAAACCAAGAAGACCUCCACCGCAUACCUUAAAUGAAGAAUGCUCCCUUCGAACUGCCACUGGCUUUCGGCUGCAUAAAAAAAUCGUAAAGAAAUUCUUUGCCGUUCCUAAUAUUUAUGAAUGUGAACUAUUAUGCGUCAAAGAAAAAGAUUUUCCUUGUGCAUCCUAUGCAUUCAGAUAUUCUAUAAGUCUAAGUUUUCCAACUGAUAACUGUUAUUUAAGCAAUAGAAACUAUAAAGAACUAGAUUAUUACUCGGAUUUAGAGCCUGAUAGAGACUUCGACAUAUAUACAAUGAAUAAUAAACAGACAUGUUCCGAACCUUUAGUUAUUUUAGAGAAGAAACAUAGCGAAUGUUUCUGGAGAGUUAGAAGUAGUCAUAGGUUGUCAGAUUCAGUAGUAAGAGAUUCAUUAACAGUUAAUUCAAUAGUGGAUUGUCAGUUGGAAUGUCUGAAAUCAAGAGGAUUUACAUGUAGAUCUUACAGUUUCAGGUACGGAUCGCCAAUCAUUGGAGGAAUUAUAGAUAAUUGUCAACUCACUGACUGUCCACUUUUCGAAUUAGAUCCCAAAGUACACUUUGUAUAUGAACCUGGCUUCGAAAUAUACGAAAGAGGAAGUUUCGGGCACGGAUGCGAAGUCGAUCAUUUCGGUAUCAGAGGAAGACCUCAUAUUAUAAAUGAUGGCGCGAAAAUAGAUCAAAUAUGUUACAUUGGAUUUGGAUCUGCAGCUAGAUUACUACCUCAGGCAACGAUAAAAUCUACCCACGUACCAACAGAGUUAGAUUGCAAAAUAGAAUGUUCCAAGGGAAGAGAAGGAACAUUCUUUAGGUGUAUGUCAUUUAGCUUUAGUACUGGUAGGCUAAUUGCAGGCCAGAAUUGUUUCUUGUCUGAUAUCAUGCAGAGAGAUUUGCUACCCAAUGUUGAUUACAUUCAUGAUCCUGAUUCGUGGUUGUUUACAUGGGAUCACUACAACCCCGAUUGUGUUGACUUCGCCUACAAAAACGUACACAGUGUACAAAAACCAAAUGGGUUCACGCAUAAAUAUGGAUUAGACUAUCCUAAUGCUCUGGAUGUUUGGCGAGCUUAUAGCGUAAACGGAUGGCCAUGCAAGAGAGGAACUUUAUGUAAAGAAAAUAAAGAAGCUGGGUUCUGGUACUGUGAGAUAGAAGGUGGCAACCAUGACCCGUGGGAUUACUGCUGUAGCCCUGACCAUCAAUGCGGUUUGUCCAAAGGAUAUCCAUAUAGCUGGUGCUACGUUGGACCAACUCGGACCCAAUGGCGCAAGUGUAGUGAUUAUUAUUAUCCUUACAUUCACAACGUAAAUGACCGCUUUGACCAACAUGCACCACCUCCUUCGCAUUCUCCUGGUUAUAGACCAGAUCGACCUAAUGCACCAGAUAAACCAGAAAAACCAAAACCAAGCUUAGAUCAAUACGAGGAACAAUUUGACAAUCAAUUUUUGAAACCGCCAAAACCAGGUGGCUUUGGUGAACCUCGUAGAUGGCCUGUAUCGUAUCUUCACAAAGAAAACCCUACGAACGAUACCGAAACAGACGUUGAAAGCAGUUCUAACACUAUACCAUCCAGAAAAAAAGAGAAUACAAAAUUGGCCGCAAUAAAAAACCUAAUAGACGUGAUAAAAAAUAACGAUUUCAAAAAUGUCCAGUAUCACAUAGCUAACGACUCUAAUAAAUCAGACGACGUUCUUUUUGUGAAAAUACCACUGCCAAAUUACGAUGAAAAAAACGCAAGCACAACGACUGAAAGACCUAAAAGAAGAAAUAAAUUGGUUAGCAGAACAAAGGUAAACUUGGAAGUGGUGGACGGCAUGCAAGACCGAAAGUCUAAAAUGCAGAAGUCAUUAGCUGAGCAAGAAGUUAAUGACGAUUCAGAUAUGGAUAAUUUGACCAGGAUGCCGGUUUUCAGAAGAGGAUUUGUUACGCGCACUAAUUUAACUAAUAUUAGAAAAAAUCAGGCAGAACCGUUUUAGUGGAUUUUUAUAAACACAUUUUUACCUGUGUUAGUGCUAUAAAAUAUAUUACCUCGAAGAUAGUUAUCAAAGAUAAAUAUUUGUAUAAAAAAUUAUAAUUUAUUAGAUUAGUCUGAAUAAUAUAUGUCCCCGGAUUGUCUUUACAAGAGGAAAAACUUUUUAUAAUUGGCAUUUUGAGAGAAGAGUUGUUCUAAAAUAAAAAAUGAGAGACUAAAAGGCAUUUGUUGAUAACCAAACUAUUGUAAAAGUAAAAAUAUACCAAAAGUACCCCAAAAAUUUAACCCAUAAAAAAUCUAAAAAUGAGACAUGCUGAGUUAAAUUAUGAAACAGACUAAAAACGCACUUUAAAGGCCCUGCUAUGGUCAGAACUCAAAUAAAAAAAUCCAAACUAGUAAAGAACACCGACCUACUAUAAUUCAAGUCAAAAUUACAUCGUCGCAAAACAUUUAUAAACUGAAAGUUUACAACAAUAAUAUUAAAUUAAAAAUGAAGAAAAAUUACAUUAUUAAUAGUCACUUAAAGAGUAGACCAAAAAAA